UUCGGUUCGAACCGUCUGCGCGAUCGGAUUAAAUCGACAGCAGCCAAGUUGCGCCCGCGCCCGCGUCGUGACCCAACGACUUGCUCGUGUCCUGCAGUAGCCCGAUGCGGUGUGGAGAACGAGACCAGACCAGCGAGAAGAAUCUGUGCAUCUUUGUGUUUGGAGGACGGACUGCCAGUUAGUCAGUGCUUUACUGGUUAAUUGAAUGGAUUAUAGUUUAGAGUAUUGUGAGCACAUUCUAUUCGGUUGUUUUAUCUUCGCUUGCUAUCAAUAGCAUAGCAAAAGUGGUAGCCGCUGACCGGACUGGCCUGAUGCCCACGGUGGGCCCAAGUCCGUCCCGCACAGAUAUUGGGAGACUUGGCCUGGGCGCAACGUGAGUCCAGUAGUGCACCGACGAACGAAUCGUGGAUUACUCAACAAAUAAUAGUGCAGUCAGUAAUAAUUGAAUGACAAUCGACCAUCACAUCACCAUCCAAUCGCAAAAAAAAUUAUCGACACAUCUCUCCCAGGAAUCAACAAAUCGAUAGCCAUGUGGUGGAAUGCGCCAGACUGAAUCGUUUUGGACAACCACCCCCUUUCCCCAUCAAAGUGAGCCCAAAGUGCCUGCCUGCAAAAGCGUGUGAACUCUCUUAUACUUGUCGGAAAGCCUCAACCAUUUUUCGAAAGCAGAACACUGGCCACGAGCCGUUAAGUUCGUGUGACGAUGAACAUCCCGCUUUUCCCCAGUAAUAUUGUGUACAUUUAGCGGAGUGACGCGUGACGACUGUAUGAAUAAUUGUGUGUGAAACCAAUCAGAAAGACAACGCGGAUGGUUCGUGCGACAGAUCAAGAAGAACCCCUGUGAAGUUUGAGCCUGUUUGUUCUGCUUAAUUGUUGUUUGCUGGUGGUUACCGCCCGCCGGCAAAUUUGAGUGCUACAUUCUUCGCUCUGGUGUUUAAUUAGGCAUUAUCGUUCUAUAUUUGACAUGUGUUAAGUGAAAAAAAUUAAGUAAAUAAACGAAACCCAAGGAAUAUAAACCCCGAUAGUACGAAUCGAAAAGCCAGAUUGGAAGAAAUUUGAUAAACAAAAGUAUUUUAAAACAUCGCAAGUGCAGUGCAGUGCCAAAGGCUUCGAAACGGCUGAGCAGCAACAAUUGAUUGACUACGUAUCCUACCGUAUUAAGGUGUCCGACUGGUGAAACUCUAGUGUUAGCUACUAGGCGCAGUCGUUAUCAAUCUCAUGCAGGGAAUCAACCAUUGAAGAUUCCUGCCGAACGAACACGAUUCGCGCAAAGAGGCAGCAACAUGACAAACGACAGCACCAAAGGCACCACCGCCGGAAAGGCCGGCAAAAUGGACUCCCGUACCGGGCUGGAGUACAUAGUCGAGAACAGCGACUACGUCAACAAGCUGGGCCUGGCGCUGGACACAAGCAACGCCACGGUGAAAAAGCAAGUGUUCGAGCUGCUAUCGGCACUGUGCGCCUACAGCUCCGGUGGAUACAAGCGGGCAAUCGAAACGCUAGAGUAUUACAAGACCAUCAAAGGCGAACGCUAUCGACUGAAUAUAGUUGUCGUGGAGCUAGACAAAACAACUUCGGUCGAGUAUCAGAUUGCGUUGCUGGCGUUCAUAAAUUGUGUCAUAAUAUCGGCUGCCACGCUGCAGGAGCGGAUACGAAUGCGAAAUGAAUUUAUAGGAUUAAAUUUAUUAGCAGUAUUGAAAAAUCUCAGGCGAUUCACCAGUAACGGACCGGACAUCGGAGUCCAACUCGACGUGUUUGACGAGCAACGAGAAUGCGACGAGUCACAGAGCCUGCAAGGGCCGGACGGAAUAAAUUUGAACUCGCAUCUUGAUGUCUUCUACGCGAUACUGCGACAGGUUUCCGGCACCCCGCAGGAAAUUCCAUUCCUCAGCAUCUUGCAGCACCUGCUACAGAUCGACCCGAAAGAGCCCAUCAGCGACAUCAUCUGGGACACGGCCGAAACGCUUGUGCACCGCGCCACCCUGCUAGAAGAUAAGGAAGCAUCCGUACGAUUGCUGCGUGCACCCAGCAUACAAAAAUUCGCUUGCCCCCACUGCCGGAGCGAUAUCACUAGUCCAACCAGACGGCAAUCGGUUGGCCCCCAAACGCCGGGACCAAACAGCACCAACUCAGCACAUACCAUAACCUCAUCUCCGUCCAUCCCGGGCGCUCCGGCACCGCCUCCUCCUCCACCACCUCCAAAUUUGGCACCUCCCCCACCACCGCCACCUCCCUGUGCUCCCCCACCUCCUCCUCCGCCAAUGGCCGGCGGCCCAAGUGCCCGAGGCGGUCCACCCGUACCACCAGCACCACCUGCACCACCCGCACCCAAUCUACUCUCCGUGAAAGCCAAUGAACUUGCUCGACCAAAAACUCCUGAAGCUCAAAUAGAAGUCAUCAAACCCCUGCCGCAACAAGAAACCCCAGUCCCACGCUCCAAGAUGAAAACCAUCAACUGGAACAAAAUCCCUCCUCAGAAAGUCAUCGGUAAGCCAAACAUUUGGUCAAUCGUGGCCGAUUCGCACCAGGACAGUCCCAUGGCGGAUCUUAACUGGGAUGAGAUGGAGGGCCUGUUCUGUCUGCAGCAAACGCAGGGAUCACCAAAGCUGGGUCGCGAGAACAGCGGAUCCGACACACUGGAACGCAAAUCACGUAAAGAAAACGAAAUUACGCUUCUGGAUGGGAAACGCAGCUUAAACGUGAACAUCUUCCUGAAGCAAUUCCGCUCUUCCAACGAGGACAUCAUCCAGCUGAUACGCAACGGUGAACAUGAAGACAUCGGCGCGGAAAAGCUGCGAGGACUGCUCAAAAUUCUUCCCGAGGUGGACGAACUGGAGAUGCUCAAAUCGUUCGACGGUGACAAUAAUAGACUGGGGAACGCCGAAAAGUUUCUACUGCAACUGAUACAAGUGCCUAACUACAAGCUACGAAUCGAGAGCAUGCUACUGAAGGAGGAAUUCAAAGCGAACCUGAUUUACCUAGAGCCAAAUAUCAAUGCAAUGCUAUAUGCUGGAGAAGAUCUGAUAAACAACAAAGCCCUCCAGGAAGUUCUCUACAUGGUAGUAGUGGCCGGCAACUUCCUGAAUUCCGGUGGUUACGCCGGAAAUGCUGCCGGCGUUAAAUUGUCCUCACUGCAGAAACUGACAGAUAUUCGGGCGAACAAACCCGGCAUGAAUCUGAUACAUUUUGUGGCACUACAAGCGGAGAAGAAAAAUCCCGAACUCCUCGUCUUCCCGGGCCAGAUGUCCACGCUGGAAAAUGCCACUAAAACCACGGUUGAACAAAUUAGCAACGAAAUCAAUGCCAUAGAUAACCGCAUCAAAAAGAUCAAGAAACAGAUCGAACUGCCAAAGACCGAACCGGACAUCAAAUAUCAAAUGGAUGAAUUCAUUACAACCGCGGAACGGGACAUCUUGAUGCUACAACGAGCGCUGAAAGAACUGGAAACAAUGCGACUUCAGUUGGCCGACUUCUUCUGUGAGGACCUCGCCACGUUCAAAAUGGAAGAAUGUUUCAGGACAUUCCACAACUUCUGCGAAAAGUUCGGUCAAGCCGUCAAGGACAACGAUAAGCGCCGUAUCCAGGAAGAGCAGGCGCUGGUCCGACGGAAGCAAAGGGAGGAACAGCUGGCUCUCAAACGACGGCAAUCAAAUCAACCGGGAACUCCAGUAUCUGAUUCGGAAAACAGUUUACUACUGGAUCCCUUGCAGUACGACAUGCGAUACAGUCCAGCCAUGUCCCGAAGGCGGAUAGGAUCGUUCACCAGCAAUGGGGAUCCGGUGAUGCUGCGAGAGGAUUGCGCUUCGCCGGAUAUCACACCAAAUGGUAGUCUACGUAGAAGGAGAAGCCGGGUGCUUUCCGAAGAGGAUGAAGGUAAUCUCAUGGACUUCCUCCGGUCGUCUGGUCAUGAAAAUGGCAGCCGCGAGAGGAAGUCUGUAUCGUCGUACGGCGGAAGUUUGGAUCGGUCUUGGGCUCGUCGAGCAAGAUCCGGCAGUGGCAGCAAAAAGCGGCCUGAUCUGCUCAAUGUGGACUUCGGAGCGGAUCGGGAGCGACCGAGCUCACCAUCGCCAUUGGCCGAAAGCAAGCCAUUGCCAGUGGAAGAAACUAAGCCGAGAAUUUCCAGGGAAUGGCGACAAAAGAUCGAGUCAUGGCUGCAAGCAAACGAAGCCGACGAAAAAACCGAAGAAUUGAAGAAGAAACGGAAAAUGCUCGCCGUCAACCGGCGAUCGUAUGAGACUGACAACGAGAGUGAUCGUGGUAGUAAGCUGGAACCUCUACCGGAGGAAAAACCCCCGACGAUAACUCCGCCGGAGAUUACGGCAGAUCAGAUGCCAUCGAACUACAAACGUGUCUAUCCCGACUGGAAGCCAUCCAGUGCACUUGAGAAGACUGAUGUCAUGGGAACCAUGGAUGCAAUUGCCGGUGCACUACCGUCAGUGCAGGACAAAUCGGCAUGGCGGAAAUCCAGUUUGAACAGCCAAGAAGAUCAAGACGCCAGACGAUAUCGAAGGCAACGAUCCAGGGAAAGUACUGGCGCAAGUUCAAACCUGCAGUCGAUACUUGAGGAGGACAAACGAAAAUCUGUGAUCCAAUCGCUGGGUGAUCGACCUCCAUCCGAUCGGCUGCAAAUCUACAUUCGACGAGGAUCGGACAACACUUCACAACCCGAAAGCACAGUCACUUCACCAAAGCAAAACGAAGAAAACAAGCAAUCCAUCUACAUAAGACCAACGAACGGUAGUGAGUACUCGAGAACGAAGCCCAGCCCAGCGGUGGAAAAACAAUCGAUCUACAUACGACCGAACGAUAAUACUCCGUCCACGAUUUCAUCCAUCAACUCAUCAUGCACCAGCACCAGCGAUAAUCAGUUACCAGAGAGUGGCCCAUCAGUUGCACCCCCACCACGAAGAGGUCGUCGAACGCACCACAUCUAUGAUGAGCAGACGAAUAAUAAGAUCGAGAUCGAUUCCGAUAACAUUGAAACGCCACCUUCUAUCCGGAAGAGCUUCAACCGUGAACAUCAAAAUGUCAGCGGAAGCAGUUCCUGUCGUAAGCUUCACGGCGCUACUGAACAGUCUGCCGAGUUGGAACCGAAAACUAGUCUCACCGAACCCGAAGUACUUGGAGAUGGACAAUUUGAUCGGUUUUCAUCGGCUCGUCGUACCCGGCGGUUCAAAAGGCCAGUGGAUCUGAGUAGUGGCAACGAAACCACCUCGCCAGAAUCCCUUCCGGACAAUCCGCUGGUGGCGGAGACUUCUCGAAAUCCGGUUGUCACAGCAGUGGCGGAGAUUGAAUCAAGCGAAAAACAAAAGGAGGCUCGACUGAAACGUUGGCAAGACAAGUUGAACCAUUCCGUAGAAGAUAAGGUGAAGGUAUCCGAUUUGAGGUCUUUGAAAACUGGUCGGAAUAUGAGCAGGAUUAGUCAGGAAGAUGUCCGCAAGGCAAUUAGAAGUUUGAAGUCUCCUUCCCCGGAACGAAGUUGGAGCCCACCAAAGGAAAUAGUCCGGGAAGCUCCGAGCACCGUUAAGGUAAUAACCCAUGAGCUGAACGACGAAGGUUUCGAAGAAACUCAAAGCUUAGUCUCUGAUACUCCAUCACACGGUAAGGAUAGUACCUCAUCAUGUAAUGACUACGGUUCAGAUUCGAGAAGCAAAAAGAUUGUAAAACCAUCAGGAAGCGUGGCGGAGACUAGUCCAAGAAAAAUUCCCACUCGCACCACUCCAAAUCUUCCGAGUUUGCUGAUAACAAAGCCCCAGUCUGCUUUGGAGCGUAGUAAAUCCCUAAGAGGAAACCCUCCUACUCUAGUCAAUAAAAAUCUGUUACCACGUCGAACAAAUUCAAUGAGAAGAACCGAAUCGCCUCUGCUAAAUGCAAACAAACAACAGUUAGAUGUGGAAAGGAGCAAUUCGAGAACCAGUCUUCGAUCAUCACGCUCUUCGCUCAGUAGCGCCGUCUCAACGAAUACGGUUAAAAAGGUGCCAUUACGUCCAAAGUCAUCACCGUUGACUACUUCCAGCGGACUUUCCGGGUCAGGUUCGAUCAACACUACCCUAUCAGCGCACAGUUCGCCAACCAAACGACCUUUAAGCGCGGGCAGUAUACGAACGCCCUUAACGGCAACUCCGGCCAGCAGAAGCAGUUCCAGUGGGUCCAGUAUAGGACAAAGUGCAACUACGGGCUUAGCUGCCAGAAAGCCUCCACUCAAAUCGGCCGGUUCCAGCUCUCUGGGACCGAGUACUAGCUUUAAAGAAAACCAAAAUCAAAAUACCGUACGAAAUAGGCUGCAAUCCAAAACAUCCAGCAACACAAGUAUAGCCAAUUCGGGUGGAUCCGGGUCCAGCGGCAGUACCACUAGGACAGGAACCGCCCGAAACAGCACAAGCAGCAGUACGCCUCGUACCGGUGGAUUCAUGCGGCCAACCACCUCCAGUGCCACCAAGGUGAAGGGAAAGUAAACCCAAGCACAAACUCGUUUGUCUCCUUCAUACACGCCCAAAACUGCUUAGUAUGAUAUCGGCGAAAAAUGCAUUGCGAACUCCAGUAUGAUAUUGUUUUCCAGUGAUUCUUAUAACAUGCCAUGAUUUUUCGUCGGACGACAAUAAAACUGCUAAUAGAAAUCUCCGUCCAUCUAAGUUUAUAACCCAAUCUGGUCCAUCGUGACCUUUCAAUUCAUUUAUCACCCAGACAAAUCGCAUUAGGCUUUUAUAAGAAUUGUGCAGAUUUCAUCCAAAUCCAAUAUUUAGCAAACUUGAUAUUUUAUUUCGGUUCAAGAACAACUAAGCGCAACAUUUCUAUUUUUCGAGGGGUAUACAAGUGACAUCAUAUGGCAACUGAAUUUUCAAAUGCGCAAUAUUAACUUUUGAAUGAUAGAUAUUUAAAUUAUAUUAAAAAGUUACGAGUAUGCUAUUUAAUCGUACGUAUCGCAAUGCGAGGAAAAGUUUAGCUUGAGAAAAAUUCGACCUAAUAGCGUGAUAAAACGCAUGUAUGUUUUAUGCAGCAAGUGUUGUUUAUUAGAAACUCAAAGUAUUUAUUUACAAGGCUUUUGUGAGAACAUAAAGCAAACGCAAGUAUUAGUAGAAACUUGACACGCAUUCACAGCAAUGUAUAGAUAACUCGUGAUAAAGAAAAACUGUUAUUCGACCAUUUAUGCGACACAAUCGUUUGUUCUUGAAGCAUUACUAUACUUAUUCUCUCUACUAUUAAGCUUUAUUUAGAUCGCCUUUAUCUCCUAAAAAUUAAAAUAAUAAACGAUUUAAUAUGAAUUGCAGAUCCGAAAUAACAUCGCAUAAAAGACUUUUACGUUCGGAUUGUCGACUAAUAAUGAAACUAGAAAAUCGAACGGUAAGCACCUAAGCUAUUUCUAUAUAAUAAUGUACAACGGAGUACUACAAACUGUGUAUAAAAAAUAAAAUGUAUAAGACAGAACGUGUAACGUUAAAUAGAACUGUUAGAAACAGUUGCAGCUUUCUUUUCAAGUCGAGAAGACCCCUGCUAGAUAGAUUUGAAUAGUAAAUAAGAAAUUUCUCUAACGAAACAAGCAAAUCACCGACAAACUGUACAGACACAGUAGGUUCAAUAGCCGAUCAAGUAAAGUGACCACGAUAAGAUAAAAGAUCAUCAGCUUGUUCUCCCGUCUAUUGGACCUAUGGUGUCCUGUAGGACAAGAAGUUCGUGUAUCGUCCCCCAUGUUAUCGAGACAACUCUAGGAUAGAUUAACUCCAUUCCUUCCAACUAACGAUUUUUGUGAAUAUUUUUCUAGACAUGUAUCUGGGUUUCGGAACACAAAAUUUAGGUAACAAAACUAAAAAAAAUACAAAUGGUUAGCAAUCGAACGUUUUGAUGUAACUUUUUCGGCAUAUUUAGGGCAGCGCAAUAGGCUGCAAUAUUUAGGCGCUAAAUUUGAGGACCGUGGCAGGCGAAUAGUAGUUAGAUCAGAGACACUAAUCUUACUAACAGAGAUACAAAUCAUCUACGACAAGCUUAAGUUAAUCAGCUAUGGAGUCACAUGCGAACGGACGGACGAAUUUGACUUUUUUUCUGCUCCUGUCAAUUAGGCGUCAAGUAUUUUGUAAACAAUCUGUCAGGAUAAAAAUUAAACGCGACAUGAUCCGUUGUGCACCGAAGUAACCAAAGUUUCCUUUAAAAUGAGUUUUUCACUUAAUCAUCUUGACUGAGCUGAAUUAGCAGAAAACGUACUUUUUAAGGAACUUUUGGUAACUUGGGCAUUGAAAAGAAUUAUUUACAGAUUACUUCGCGCUUAUUUCGAUAGGAAUCCAAGACUAUACAUAGGUGCCAUGUCAGGCCCGCAAGAAUACGGAAAAACGAAGUAGCCCUUCAUUUUUUAUUUAACCUAAAUAUCGUAGAACAACAGAUAAUAAUUUUUGUUCUCGCGAUAAUCGAUUUGUCUCCCAUCGGUCACAAGUUUCAUCAUUGCGCAUGUGGUUGCCGAACAAUAUUCCACAAUGAUGCGAUUUGAAUUGAAUGUGAAAAAAUCGGUUUUCACGAGUUGGGAAUUAGAUUUUCAACUGAAACAUAAUAUAGUUAUUCAAAAGAGAUUCCAGCUUGAGCUAGUUAUAUUUUAUAUUUUUAUUUCCUUCACAGUUAUGUUUUUAUUUCCCUCACAGUUAUGUGAUGGGAUGGGACUACUUCGUUUAAAUUCACCACUUUGUAAUCUUUACGUAUCAAGUACGAGACACUGAAUACGACCUUACUUUAAAGGUCCAAAUAUGUCUCUGCUAUAUGAUAGGAAUUAAAUAAACAAAGUACUAACUCAUCGUGCAACAAGCAAUCAAAAUUGUCGAAAAAUAUUUCCAAUGAAAUGUUGACACGUGAUUGAUGCGGUCCAAUAAGCACCUCCAUUUGUUGAUCAAAAAGAACGAGCAGGACGGGAACAACUCCGAGCUACUUCGAGCUGCUCAUUGAACAGCACUAAUGUCAAUGAAUUCAUCUUUCAAAUUUGUUUUUUUUUUUCUGAAGAAAAGUUUGAACAAUUGAACAAAUUCAAAAAUAAAUAGCUACAAAGCAAAUUUGGCGGCAUUCGUUUUUCCGUAUUUUUACAAUGUUUACCAAUAAAUCUUGACCUUACUAUAAACAUAUAGAGAAAGAAUACUUUCUUCACGACGUAGCUAGAAAGCAAAGCAAACGAAUCGAAUGAUUAGCAAAAUAAUAGAAAAUCAAACAAAAAACAACUGUUACUGGGACAUUUAGACAACAAAACAAUAUAAUUCAUGAGAUUGUAUAAAUUUUAAUGAAUAAACUUUUUUACUGCAAUAA